GAUGGAAGAGCAAGAAGAGAAAGCGGAAGGAGGCAGUAAGAGGGAUAGACUAAUCGACGAGUCGAAACCCUACAUCCUGUGUAUAUUUUCUAAUAUAUGCUUUGCAGGGUUCAAUAUUAUCUCCAAAGUCGCACUAGACAAGGGCAUGAGUCGUUAUGUGCUUGUGGUUUAUGGACAUGCUUUUGCUACUCCAGCAUCUGCUCUUUUUGCAUUUCUCUUUGAGAGGAAAAAUGAGAGCAAAAUCAACGUUUCGAUCUUGCGAAAUGUCUUUUUCUUAGGCCUGCUAGAAGUGUUGGGAAGAACACUGUACUACAUGGGAUUGGAAUACACUUCACCAACUUUUUCUUCUGCUUUGUCGAACAUGAUUCCAUCUAUUACCUUUAUCUUAGCUGUUUUGUGCAGGAUGGAACAGUUCGAUAUUUUCAAGCCUGGUACCCAUGCCAAGAUUGGGGGAACUCUUGUUGCCUUUGCUGGUGCAACACUCAUGACCCUCUACAAAGGCAUUGCUGUAAUUACAACUCACACUAAAAGCUCCCAUCAAACUGCAGCUACCUCAAAAUCAUCCACAGAUGCAGACUGGAUAAAGGGCUCCCUUGUCCUUAUUGUUGCAUAUAGUUCAUUAGCAGCAUUCUAUAUCUUACAGACAUCAACAAUCAAAAUGUAUCCAGCACCAAUCACUCUUACAUCACUGACCUGCUUAUCUGGGACACUGCUCUCAACAAUCAUGGCAGCAAUUCCAGAUCACAAAGCCUCUUCUUGGAAGUUAUCAUGGAACACAAUUCUUGCUCCUAUGUAUAGCGGAAUUGUGAUUUUUGGAAUCACUGUAUAUGUUCAGACCUUGGUAGUAAGUACAAAAGGCCCAGUUUUCAUGACAGCUUUUAGACCACUGGGGACCAUUUUUGUAGCUAUAAUGGGAGUAUUCCUCUUAGGAGAAGCUACAUACUUGGGAAGUGUUUUGGGAUCUUUGUUGGUAUUUCUUGGUUUGUAUGCAACUCUUUGGGGAAAGAAAAAAGAGAUGGAGAAGAAGUCAAUUGAUCAUGGUAUAUCUCAGCAAGCUCAUGAGCUCAAUCUAGAAAGAUGCUUGAAAGACACUAGUGGUACUACUAGUAUCAUUAUCGGCAUACAAUACUGUGUCAUAUAG